UUUCUUUCAGUAUCUGAAGAGAAUUAAAGCUCUAGCAAAAAACAUGCAUUUGUCACCUGAGAAAAGGAGAAGGAAGCUCGAAUAAUACUCGCCGUUUUUUUCCCCUCUUAGGCAGAAAAAAUUAAGUCAAAAUAAAAAUCGUCUUUUUUAAUUUGCAGGUGUUGCUUUUGAGCCCAUUUUUACGGUCAAUUGUUUUACUAGAGCCAAUACCGAAGAAGUGGAAGAGGCGACAGAUGUCAAUUAUAGGAAAUAAGGUGCACAUGGGAUUUUUUUUUUUUUUCAUUCUCAACGUGUCGGGAGUGUUUGCAGGAGGGGAAAGGGUCUCGGUGUUUUGCUAUUCAUCGAGGAUACGUCUUAGUUGGUUGAGUGAGUGUGGAAGUAAUCUGACAAGCCGUAUGUGAAUGUACAUUGUACGUGAUGACUUGAAACUGAAAGUUUAUCGAGGAUUAGAAGCGUGCGCGGUGGGGAAUGCAGGACUGGUGAAGUGCGACUUAUUUUUUUAGAGACUUGGUUUGUGGGUAAAAUGUGCAGAGACACUGGUUGUCGUUUUGGCCUCUUAGAAAUGAUUUUCACUCAUGUUUGACAGCAAACUGAAGCUUGCUUGCUCUUGUAAUUUAUUGUUUUUUAAAUCCUGGAUGCGUGGCGCGUGGAGCGAUCGCCACUUCGCUCAAAUCUGCACCCGGGACGUGAGAGUGAAAAUAAACGUAACAACACUCGUGAAGACAUUUUUUCUCCUGAUAUUAUUUCCACCAAACGCUUUCUAAUUGAAUUAGAGUGGUGCCACCAUUGGCUGCGGAGCGGGCUGGUGCGCCCGCGUGCUUCUCCAAGAGCUCCUCCCCUCUCGCUCACAAUCAGUUGGGUGUGUGGAGAACUACAUCUUUAUAAGAGCCGCUGAACACCCAGUGUCCAGCCUAGAAUCUGAUCCGAACGUCCGUAGGCGAGGAGCCGGUUUAACCUCCUUCCAUCAUUCGUAAGGGAGGGAGGCGUGCAGAGCCAGAAACUACCAGGGCGCCGGUUGGUCGCGUCGCCUCCUUUGGCUGAGAUUCACUCCUCUGGAAACUCUCGAAACUCUUUUUAUUGUAUUGCAAGGUCUAAACAAUGCAGUUAGAGAACAUCCUUCCCAGCGCCAGCAUCAGUUUACCCAAGACCUUUUACAAUCUUUCGUCGUCGGACAGUGCCAACAACAGCCCGAGGCCGUCAUCGCAGCUUGACUACCAAGAAGUCGACCGGACGGAAUCGGAGUCCAGCAGUGCCCCUAAGAAGUACCUGAGCGGGGUAGGGAACGGGAUGCUGGGUGAGGCAGAGGGGGACACUUUCGCUAAAGCCGGGCCCGAUGGGAGGAAAGGCUCCCCGGUGCUCGGCGAGGACGAGUUGACGAGCGGUCGGCGUUACAACAUAGAAGAACUGGGCUCCGACAGAUACUUCAUCUCGUCCGCACAGGCGAGUUCCGACAUGGCAAGCCCCUGUUCCCUCUUUCCUUACGCAGGACAGACCGGCUCGGUGUACACCGGGUCCAGCGGCUCCAGGUACCCGGCUUCACUUCAUUACGGAUCCGUCCUGCCGCCCACGGGCUUCUCCUCCUCGUCCAUGUGCACCGGCCGGAGUCAGUUUAGCAGCGGAGGGUACCAGUUUAGCCAGGGCCCGGGCUGUUUGUACCCCUCCUAUCCCGGGACGGGGACGGGCAUUGGCUCCAUGUCUCUGCCGGGGUCUGCCGCCGGAGCCAGAGCGCAGGUCUAUCUGUGCAACCGACCUCUGUGGCUGAAAUUCCACCGGCACCAGACCGAGAUGAUCAUCACCAAACAGGGCAGACGGAUGUUCCCAUUCCUCAGCUUCAACAUCACUGGACUCAACCUCACGGCCCACUACAAUGUCUUUGUAGAAGUUAUUUUGGCUGACCCAAAUCACUGGCGCUUUCAGGGAGGGAAGUGGGUCACUUGUGGGAAAGCAGACAAUAAUAUGCAAGGUAACAAAAUGUAUGUUCAUCCUGAAUCUCCAAACACUGGUGCUCACUGGAUGAGGCAAGAAAUCUCUUUUGGCAAGUUGAAGCUGACCAACAAUAAAGGGGCCAACAACAACAACACACAGAUGAUAGUCCUGCAGUCACUUCAUAAAUACCAACCGCGACUGCACAUUGUGGAGGUGACGGAAGACGGAGUGGAGGACAUGAGCAACGAGGCCAGAACUCAGACCUUCACCUUCCCAGAGAACCAGUUUAUAGCCGUCACUGCGUACCAGAACACAGAUAUCACACAGCUGAAGAUAGAUCACAACCCUUUUGCGAAAGGCUUCCGGGACAACUAUGACUCGUUGAACAGGAUGUACACGGCCCCAGAGAGUGACCGGUUGACUCCGUCCCCCACGGACUCCCCCCGCUCCACCCAGAUUGUGCCCGGGGCCCGCUACGCCAUGCAGCCUUUCUUUCAGGACCAGUUCGUCAACAACCUGCCUCAGAACCGCUUCUACGCCAGUGAGCGGGCCGUCCCCCAAACCAACAGCCUCCUCUCCCCGCAGAGCGAGGACGUCAGCGCUGCGGCCUCUGCCCAGCGCUGGUUCGUCCCCCCAGUCCAGCAGCCGGGCUCCAACAAGCUGGAUCUGUCCUACGAGAAUGACUAUUCCACCAGCAGCCUGCUGUCCUACGGCAUCAAGCCCCUGUCCCUGCAGACAUCCCACGCCCUCAGCUACUACCCAGACUCGGCCUUCGCCUCCAUGGCUGCGGGCUGGGGCACCAGAAGCUCUUACCAGCGCAAGAUGACCACGGGCCUGCCCUGGUCCCCUCGUCCAAGCCCCCCAGCCUUCCCGGAGGACCAGCUGGGGGCCACAAAAGACAAGCUGCCCGAGGAGAGCGCGCCGCCCGCCUCGACCUGGAUCGAGACGUCCCACUCGCUGAAAUCGGUGGACUCUAGCGAUUCCGGCGUGUACUCCGUGGUGUGCAAGCGGCGCAGGAUGUCCCCUGGGGGCUCAAGCACAGAGAACUCCCCCACCAUCAAGUGUGAGGACUUGACUACAGAAGAGUACAAGGACAACCCAAAAGGCAUGGGUUAUUAUGCAUUCUACACAAGCCCCUAAGACUGUAUUUAUUGAAACUAAAUAUAAUUCUUCAUUCCCUGUUAAUGUCUGUUUUCUCUUUUCUCUAAAGGUGCCAAAGCUUAGUGUCCCCCCCCCCCCCCCCCCCUCCCCCCAAGCAAGCUGCACACGGUUAUUUUCCCAGGCCAGCCCCUCUCACAUACCUGAGCAAAAACAUGCAUAGUGAUUGUUGUUUUUUGAAAAAGCAUGUCCCUUUUUAAUCAUUUAUUUUUACAACUUUUACUUUUUUUACAAAUGUGAAUUUUCUUUUCUUUUUUCUUCCCCCUGCGUAUUUAAGUCAUUUCCGUUGUACAGUAUUCGUGCACUUUAGAAUGUGAUGUAUCUUGUACAAAUUGUCUUCAUGGAGGUGUUAUUAAAUGGAUAAUAAAACGGCUUUUCACAAAGCAGCUGUCCAAAUGUCUGCCUCGGUAUGUUUUAACGUCCCAUGUCCACAGUGAGUGAAUAAGACGGGCCUUUGGCAGCUCUUAAAAUAAUCUAUACGUUGUAUCAGCUGUAGAUAAAAGUCUACUCAUGCAUUUUUUAAAUGUACAGUCGCUGCUGGAACUGAAAUGACUGGAUCUGAUACAUUUUCUGAUAAAAACAAAUCAAAAGUGUGUGUGUGAUGCAGUGAAUGAGUGGCGGUGCCUGUAACCCUAUUCUGUAUUUUUAUGGCUUGUUAUAGAGGCCAUGAAUUUGGGCCUCUAAAAUAAAGGCUCCCCUGUGUGAUUGCUGCAAACAAGUUGACAUAGCAACAAGCCUACAUUAUAAAA